CCGUACUUUCCUAUAAUUUUAGACAUUUUUGUUUCCUUUAAGAAUGACUAGAUAAUUCGAACUGGUGUGUCGCGUAUUUAAGUAUCAUCGCUUAGAGUCUUCCUGUUGGUUCUGCUUGUGUUUGCCCGGCUAGCUUAAGGUGCUAGAUGACGUUAUAAUUAGUCGCUCUGUUUAGCUGGUUGUGUGUUCACGAAAAAUCUUAGUAAUUGUCAGCAAAGUUAUGUCUAAGUUUCAAAUAACAAAAGUCUUAAAAGGCGAUGUUUUCUUUUUUUUAAUUCAGCUAGAAAAGUUCGUGUUAUGAUGUCCAGAGUUCGUGUAUGAGAGAAUUUUGACCUGCUAGCGUGACGUGCUCGAACGUUUGUUUGUUUGUUUGUUUGUUUCCCGUGUUAGCGAAGAGGUGUGCUACGAGAGUUUCCUUCUGGCUACACGGCUCGUGCAGGGAAUCCUUCCCAGGUUAGAAGGCAGCAACACAAGUCUUGAUGAGCAAACUGAGGUGCUGAUGGGGAUGACUGUGGUUCACACAUGAGGUCUCACUAAGAAGCCCUGCCAUGUUGCCAGGUGUUGGCGUUUUUGGUACCGGGACAACAGCCAGAGUGCUGGUCCCAUUAUUGCAAGCCGAAGGCUUUGAAGUUCACGCACUUUGGGGACGAAGCGAAGAGGAAGCAUGCUGCUUAGCAAAGGAACUCGGUAUUCCAUUCCACACCAGCAGAUCUGACGAUGUCCUUUUGCACCAAGAUGUGGAUCUUGUUUGCAUUUAUAUUCCUCCUUCUAUGACGAAACAGAUUGCAGUCAAAGCACUGGGUAUAGGCAAGAAUGUUGUCUGUGAGAAAGCAACAACUGCUGUCGAUUCAUUCAAGAUGGUGGCUGCAGCCAGAUACUACCCUCAGCUGCUCAGCAUUAUGGGUAAUACCCUGCGCUUCCUCCCUGCUUUUGUUGCAAUGCGCAAGCUGCUGGUGGAAGGAUACGUUGGUGAAAUCCAGGUGUGUGACGUCCGGGUCUACGGCCCGAGUCUCCUGGACCAGUCGUACGGCUGGACCUGUGAGGAGCUGAUGGGUGGGGGUGGACUGCACAUUGUCGGCUCUGCCAUCAUCGACCUCUUAAGUUACCUCACGGGCACACGAGCCCAUCGUGUGCACGGUUUACUACGGACCUUUGUGCAACAAAAAAACCUAAUCCGAGGCAUCCGCCGCAUCACAAGUGAUGACUUCUGCUUCUUCCAGAUGUUGAUGGGUGUGAAUGGCUCUGCUGGGGUUUGCUGCACCGUAACCCUGAACUUCAACAUGCCAGGAUCGUUCGUGCACGAGGUUAUGGUAGUUGGAUCCACUGGAAGGUUGGUUGUCAGGGGCACCCAACUGUAUGGUCAGCGCAAUGGAAGCAAAGAGGAAGAGUUGUUGCUAGGUGACAAUGGAUGGGCUGGGCCUGAAGUGAAAGAGAUGCCCCUCCCUUACCUGCAGGGACUGAGCUCCAUGGUAAAGGCACUGAGACAGUCUUUCCAGGCUCACGAGGAGCGCAGAUCGUGGGAGUGGGGACCGGUUUGUUCUGCUCCGACUUUCGAGGACGGUCUGUACGUGCAGACGGUGGUGGAGGCGGUGAAACGCUCCAACAGCAGUGGAGAGUGGGUGUGUGUAGAGGUCAUGAGUCAGGAGCCAGAUCCAAACCAAAACCUCUGCGAGGCUCUUCAGAGAAACAAAAACUGAAAUCAUUUAUACACAAAGUGCAAAACUACAAAUGGGACAGAACAGGGCUUUGAAUGUUUUUGUUUUUUUAUCAGCUGCGUUGGCUGUUUACAUUAUAAAUGACUACUUUUUACAGUUUUGAACAGUAACAUUUUUAUUUAAAUGAACACAAAUUCAUGUGUGCUUUACUUACACCGUUAAAAUGCAUUUGUUUACUAAAUUUACUACAUUUGUAAACCACAGCUCCAUUGUUUUGAUUCUGACCAGAAUCUAUAAAUUUAUAUUUAGUUUAGAUGAGUCAGACACUCUGAAACUUUUUGGCCAAAACAUGCUCAAAAAGAUGAAUUACUUUUAGUUUGAAUGCAUUUUUUCUGGCUUUGCUAUCUAAAUCACAUGUUGCCAAGAUGGAAAACCUUGGAAAAAAUAGCUGGGUAGCUAUUGACUCUAAUAAUUUUUUAUGUGUAUAUAAUUUUUGGCCACUGAGCUGCUUGCUGCUGCACAGCCAAACUUACUUUUAGGAUACAAUAAAGAUAAGACAUGAAUUAAGCUUAAAUGUAAAUGUUUGAACAUGUAGAACAGCAAUAAUGGAGCUGUGUGUUUACAUUUGAUUUAAAAUUGUGUGAUAUUAUGUGUUAGGUUACAUAGCUGACAGGUUUGUAAGACUAGUAAGUUUUUUUUUCUUACGUUAGUUCGCCAUAACAUAGAUAUGAUACCAGAGACUGAGUAAAAUAAGCUAUGCAGAAAAUAGACUUAUCUCAUUUGUAGCAUUGUCCCUGAAAUGGCCAGUUUAUUUAUUUGUGAUAGUUUGUUAGAAAAGAGGCUGUAAAGAUUUGUUUUUGUUUUUUUUUUUUUGUUGUGUGCAUCACUUACAGAGCAGCUGAGGUGGAAAAAACCCAAAAUUUCUUCAAAUACUUUCACAUGAUGCAAAAAAUGUUUUCUUUAAAUAAAACCGAAUACAACUGAAACUAUCCUUUACUAGAAGUCUAGAGAGAUUGUACAACAGAUGUUAUGCUUGCUUACUAAUAAUGGGUUAUUGAUGGACAAUUGUUAAUAAUGAUGUUUUGUUCUUGUAAACAUUCCAACUAUUGUAAUCUGCUCAACUAUCAAGACUGAAUAGACGGAUGGAUGGAUGGAUGGAGACUCCUAAAGUGAGCAGCUCCCGGUCAGACGUUUGAGGCUACAAAUGUAAGUUUGGAUGAAGCAGACCCAUGUUCACCGUGGAGAUUAGAGUUGGAAAUGUGGAAAUUUUAUUUAAAAACUGUUUAAAUAUCUAGUUUCCAUUCAUGAACCGCUGGUCAGUUUUAUUCAAAAUCUAAAUUAGACAUGCCAGUUCAGAAUAAGAGGUUGUUAUCCACCACAUGACAUCAGUAAUUCUGAAACUUCCCUAAUGUUUUUGUUGAGAUUCCAUUGGAUCUGAACAGUUUUAAUUUCUAACAGUCACCCAAUUGCUUAUUGGCUUGUAGAACUAAAUCAUCUGGUCUUUAAGAUGAGCGCAGUAAGUACAAGUUUCAUUUGAUCCAUAAGAAAUGUGCAAAUGUAGAAAUGCGGAUCACACAACUACCUUGUUAUCCAGCUGUGCUUUGUAAAAAUAUUUAACAUUCACUGUAUCUUUUAAAUAAUAUUUUUGCAAGAUCCGUUACUACUAAAAUGCAUUCCACCAGAGUUUUCAUCGUCAGUAAAUACUUUUUUCUCUGUUUGCACUGAUGAGAUGCCACCUGUUGAAUGCUUGCACCAACCAGCUCGCUGCAAUAGUGAAUUUGUUAGAGGAAGACUUUCUAUUUAUUUAAAUGUUGGACUAAAGAAAAAUUUCCAUUUUUGUUCUGUUUAGUGUUUGUCAAUUUCUGUUUAAAGCUGUAAUAUUUAUCUCUAGAUUUAGUCGUGUUUUAACUGAUGUGGCAUUUCGAGCACUAAAUUGUUGCUUUAAAGUUGAUAAACUGUACCGUUUAUCUGUGUGACAGAUAUCUGCUUAACAAAUACAACUGUUUCUGGUGA